CCCUCCCCAGUCCUCCUUUCCUGCUUUGGUGUCUCCUGCAAGGGCUGCAUCGCUGUCCCCUCGUUCCCGGGAUGAUCUGCACCUCUCAUCACAGGCAGAACUUGGCAGAAGACCAAAGGGUUCCUUCCAAUCUCUCAGAGGCUUCCUGAGACCACAGAUGGAUGAACAAGACCUAGUUGGCCCUGGAGCAGGAAGAGGCCAUGACAUCCAAACUGGGAGCAGUGGGGGAUUCUGGGAAAACCCAGUGCAGAAGAUCCUGGGUGAGGAGGACACCCUCCGCUCAGAGGUGCAGAGCCAGCAGUUGAGGCAGUUCUGCUGCCAGGAGGCCAAAGGACCCCGAGAGGUUUGCAGCCGACUCUACCACUUUUGUCGUCAAUGGCUGAAGCCAGAAAGGCACACGAAAGCUGAGAUGCUGGACCUGGUGAUCUUGGAGCAAUUCCUGGCUGUCCUUCCACUGGAGAUGGAGAGCUGGGUGAGGGAAUGCGGAGCGGAGACCAGCUCCCAGGCGGUGGCCCUGGCCGAAGGUUUCCUCCUGAGUCAGGCAGAGGAGAGAAAGCAGGAACAGAGAAAGCAGGAAAAUGAUCAUUUUGCAGAAAUGAACCUGAAUUCCUGUGAGGCAGAGAGGCCUCCAUUGGACACCAGAGAGAGGCCACUGGGUGACAGAAUGACGCUGUCAAUACCUCCCUAUCCACCUCUUCAUGGGGGCAGAGGGGAAACAGUGGCUGUGGAACCAGAUCAGGGUCCAGUGUGCUUUGAGGACAUCACUGUUCAUUUCACAGAGGAGGAGUGGGCGUUGCUGGAUCCUGACCAGAGAGCUCUGCAUAAGGACGUCAUGGAGGAGAAUUGUGGGAUUGUGGCCUCUCUUGAUAGUGAUGUACUGGAAAUCAAGAACAAGGGUGACCAUGACAAAAUCCCCACAAUGGAGAAGCCGUAUCAAUAUCUUAAAUGUGGAAAAGUUUCUCGUUACACUCCCCAUCCAGGAAAUCCCAUUGGGAAGAAACCCUAUCAGUGCAUGGAAUGUGGAAAGAGUUUUAGUACGAGCUCCAAUCUCACUUCCCAUCAAAGAAUUCAUACAGGGGAGAAACCGUAUCAAUGCAGGGAAUGUGGAAAGAGCUUCAGUCACAACCACAGUCUCACUUCCCAUCAGAGAAUUCAUACAGGGGAGAAACCCUAUCAGUGUGUGGAAUGUGGAAAGAGCUUCAGUCACAGUCACAGUCUCAGUUCCCAUCAAAGAAUUCAUACAGGGGAGAAACCCUAUCAGUGUGUGGAAUGUGGAAAGAGCUUUAGUCAAAGCCACAGUCUCACGUCCCAUCAAAGAAUUCAUACAGGGGAGAAACCCUAUCAGUGCGUGGAAUGUGGAAAGAGCUUCACUGAUAAGUCUUCUCUCAAUUCCCAUCAAAGAAUUCAUACAGGGGAGAAACCCUAUCAGUGUGUGGAAUGUGGAAAGAGCUUCACUGAUAGCUCCAAUCUCACUUCCCAUCAAAGAAUUCAUACAGGGGAGAAACCCUAUCAGUGCUUGGAAUGUGGAAAAAUCUUCAGCACCAGCUCCUCUCUGAACUCCCAUCAGAAAAUUCAUACAGGGGAGAAACCAUAUCAGUGCUUGGAAUGUGGAAAAGGCUUCAGUACAAGCUCCCAUCUCACUUCCCACCAAAGAAUUCAUACAGGGGAGAAACCCUAUAAGUGCUUAGAAUGUGGGAAAAGCUUCAGUACGAGCUCCCAUCUCACUUCCCAUCAAAUCAUUCAUACAGGGGAGAAACCCUAUCAGUGCAUUGAAUGUGGAAAGAGCUUCAGUCAGAACUCCAAUCUCACCUCCCACCAAAGAAUUCAUACAGGGGAGAAACCACAUCAGUGUGUGGAAUGUGGUAAGAGCUUCAGUUACAGCUUCUCUCUCACUUCCCAUCAAAGAAUUCAUACAGGGGAGAAACCAUAUCAGUGUGGGGAAUGUGGAAAGAGCUUUAGUCAGAGUGGCCACCUCGCCUCACACCAAAGAAUUCAUACAGGGGAGAAACCCUUUCAGUCAUAUCAGUGUGUGAAAUGUGGAAAGAGCUUCAGUACGAACUCCUCUCUGAGUUCCCAUCAGAGAAUUCAUACAGGAAAGAAACCCUAUCAGUGCUUGGAAUGUGGAAAGAGCUUCAGUCGGAGCUCUGACCUCACUUCCCAUCAAAGAAUUCAUACAGGGGAGAAACCCUAUCAGUGUGUGAAAUGUGGAAAGAGCUUCAGGAAGAGCUCCCAACUCUCUUCCCAUCAAAGAAUUCAUACAGGGGAAAAACCUUAUCAAUGCUGGGAAUGUGGAAAGAGCUUUAGUCAGCGUGGCAAUCUCACUUCCCAUCAAAAAAUUCAUACAGCAGAGAAACCCUAUCAGUGUGUGGAAUGUGGAAAGAGCUUCAGUACGAGCGCCCAUCUCACUUCCCAUCAAAGAAUUCAUACAGGGGAGAAACCCUAUCAAUGUGUGGAAUGUGGAAAGAGCUUCAGUUACAGCUUCUCUCUCACUUUCCAUCAAAGAAUUCAUACAGGUGAGAAGCCCUAUCAGUGUAUGGAAUGUGGAAAGAGCUUCAGUACGAGCGCCCAUCUCACUUCCCAUCAAAGAAUUCAUACAGGGGAGAAGCCCUAUCAGUGUAUGGAAUGCGGAAAGAGCUUCAGUACGAGCUCCUAUCUCACUUCCCAUAAACGAAUUCAUACAGGGGAGAAACCAUAUAAAUGCAUAGAAUGUGGAAAGAGCUUCAAUGACAAGGCCAAUCUCAAUUCCCAUCAAAGAAUUCAUACAGGGGAGAAACCCUAUCAGUGUGUGGAAUGUGGAAAGAGCUUCAGUCAGUACUCCAAUCUCACUUCCCACCAAAGAAUUCAUACAGGGAGAAACCCUAUCAGUGUAGAGAAACCAUAUAAUUGCUUGGUAUGUGAAAAGAGCUUCAGUAACAGCUCCUCUCUCACUUCCCAUCAAAGAAUUCAUACAGGGGAGAAACCCUAUCAGUGCAGGGAAUGUGGAAGGAGAUUUAGUCAGAGUGGCCAUCUCACAUCCCAUGAAAGAAUUCAUACUGGCGAGAAACCCUAUCAGUGUGCGGAAUGUGGAAAGAGCUUCAAUACGAGCUCCCUUCUCACUUCCCAUCAAAGAAUUCAUACAGGGGAAAAACCCUAUCAGUGUGUGGAAUGUGGAAAGAGCUUCAGUAACAGCUUCUCUCUCACUUCCCAUCAAAGAAUUCAUACAGGGGAGAAACCCUAUCAAUGCAUGGAAUGUGGAAAGAGUUUUAGUCAGCGUGGCCAUCUCACUUCCCAUCAAAGAAUUCAUACAGGCGAGAAACCCUAUCAAUGUUUGGAAUGUGGAAAGAGCUUCAGUUUGAGCUCCUAUCUCACUUCCCAUCAAAGAAUUCAUACAGGGGAGAAACCCUAUCAGUGUCUGGAAUGUGGAAAGAGCUUCAGUCAGGGCUCCUCUCUCACUUCUCAUCAAAGAAUUCAUACAGGGGAGAAACCCUAUCAGUGCAUGGAAUGUGGAAAGAGCUUCAGUUGGAGCACCGAUCUCACUUCCCACCAAAGAAUUCAUACAGGCCAGAAACCCUAUCAAUGUUUGGAAUGUGGAAAGAGCUUCAGUUUGAGCUCCUAUCUCACUUCCCAUCAAAGAAUUCAUACAGGGGAGAAACCUUAUAAGUGCUUGGAAUGUGGAAAGAGCUUCAGGAAGAGCUCCCAUCUCACUUCUCACCAAAUAAUUCAUACAGGGGAGAAACCCUAUCAGUGUGUGGAAUGUGGGAAGAGCUUCAGUACGAGCUCCUAUCUCACUUUCCAUCAAAGAAUUCAUACAGAGGCGAAACCCUUCCUUAUAUAGCAUUAGGAGCCAGGCAAAUCUGCAUCUUUUUAACCAGGCCUUUGGCUGAUUGACAUCUAAUGCCCUUUUAAAAUGUGGUGGGGAUGGGGGUUACAUAUGAGUAUUUUGGGUUUUUAUAUUGUGCGUUUAUGUUGUAACCAUCUUGAGACCUGUGGGUGUAGGGAAUAGGAGCCAAAUAAAAUAAUAAUAAAUAAUAAUAAUAAUAAUAAUAAUAAUAAUAAUAUUUAUUUAUACCCCACCACCCUCCCUGGCCAAGACCGGGCUCAGGGCGGCUAACACCAGGUAUAAAAACAAUUGAUCAAAAUACAACUUAAAAACAGGAUUUAAAUAUAACAUAAAAAGCAGCCUCAUUUUAGUGGAAACCCAGAUCAAACACUGUUUUGGGGGGGAGAAAACGUCAAAUCUUCACCAAUGCCAACUAUCCAUACUGGUCCUACAUGGGCCAGAAAAAAGUCUGGGAAGUCCGCAAAUAGGGUUCAAUCACAGAAGGAAAAGGAAAGAGGGGAAGGGGAUCAGGCUGAUUCUAGGCCAAAGGCCAGGUGGAACAACUCUGUCUUACAGGCCCUGUGGAAAGAAAUCAGAUCCCGCAGGCCCCUGGUCUCAUGAAACAGAGCGUUCCACCAGGCCGGAGCCAGUGUUGAAAAGGCCCUGGCCCUGGUUGAGGCUAAUCUGACUUCCUUAGGGUGCGGGACCUCUACAGUGUUGCUAUUUAUGGACCUUAAGGUCAUCUGCGGGCCAUACCAGGAGAGGCGGUCCUGUAGGUAUGAGGGUCCUAGGCCGGAAAGGGCUUUAAAGGUCAAAACCAGCACCUUAAACCUGACCCUGUACUCCACCGGGAGCCAGUGCAGCUGGUAAAGCACUAGAUGAAUGUGGUCCCAUGGCAGGGACCCCGUGAGGAGCCUCACCACAGCAUUCUGCACCCUCUGGAGUUUCUGGGACAACUUCUUAGAGGCCAAUGUGUCUUUGCCCCCCAAUAAGAUAUUUGAGGGGCCACCCCCCAGUUGAUAGGAAUCGCCAUUCCAAUGGUGUGCAUGCAUCAUGUGAUUGAUUGUGCAAAGCGGGCCUUACCUUGCCCCCCACCAAUAUUAUAUUCAAGUCGGCACCACUGGGUCGGGUGGUAUUCAAAUUAAAUAAAUACAUAAAUCACCUUCCUUUGCACCUGUUCCCCCUUGUCAAUAUCCUUAUAUAUUAUCAUUUUUAAAAUUUAUGUGCCCUUCAUUUGAGGAUUUCACAACAUAAACAUACAGGAUGUAAGCAUGGCUUUCUCAAAAACACGUCAUGCCAGAAAAACCUCUCUUUUUCUUUUCUUUUCCUUUGGAUGGAGUUACAAACUUCAUUGAUCAGGGGACUGCUGUGGAAAUAGUGCAUCUUGAUUUCAGUAUGGCUUUUGGCAAAUUCCAAUGUGAUAUUUAUGUGAAGAAGGUGGUAAAAUGUGGGCUGAAUGAGGUAACUGUUAGCUAGUAUUGACUGACCGAACCCAAAGAGGACUCCUUCAUGGUUCCUCAUCAUCCUGGGGGAAAGUGACAAGAGGGGUGCUUCAGGGUUCUGUCCUGGGCCCGUUGUUGUUCAACGUCUUUAUAAAUGACUUGGAUGAAGGAACUGCUCAUCACAUUUUCAGGCAUCCCCUGCUGUGAUCGCCUGCAGGUCCCAUCCCUGCCUCUCUCCAUCUGGUCCAGGACAGGACCUGAGAGGCCUCUUAAGGACAGCUGCUGCUGCUGCUGUUGUUGCCCAGGAGAACUCAGAACAGCACAGUUUUCUUUCCUAAAAUAUUUUCAAAAUUGCUCUUUUACCUUUUUAAAUUCUUUUUGGCAUUGGUGGGCAGGAUGGAUGUUUAGUUGGGGUUGGAAUUUGUUUAAUUUUGGUAUUUUUGUAACUUGUAUUUGGUUUUUAUUGUUUUAUUGGGGGUUUUUGUAUAGGUUUUUGUUUUGUUUUUAAGGGGAGGGGUCAGGGCUGCCUGGGAGUGGGUCCCAUCCAACAGAAUGGCUGGGGCAGGUUCCACAGGGAGGCAUGCACUGGGACACCCGAUCUCAGUGAUCACGGGUAGGAGGAGGAGUUACACUAAGGGCAGACCAUGUCAUUACUGAGGAGGCAGAUUUAGUCGUUGUUUGCGGACUAUCCCUGCCUCCGGGUCUGGUCUUGACCGGAAGGAUAUUGGAAUCAGCAAGGGAUACCCACACGACCUGAAGGUACUGCUGUGCAAUGCCAGGUCAAUGAUGAAUAAGACCACUGCCAUCCAUGACUUGAUCGUGGAUGGAGAACUUGACCUGGCGUGUGUAACGGAGACUCAGUUGGAUGAAGCAGAUGGGUCUGUCUCUAGCACACAGCAACUCGGGUCAUGUGAGCAGGCGGGGGGGGGGGGUUUACAGUGAUUUUUAGGAAGUCCUUAGUUUGCACCAGGCGUCCUAUUGGGAAGACCCAGUUCUCUGAGUGCAUGUUCUGGAAGUUGGGCAAUAGGGGCAGUACAGGAUUACUUCUGGUGAACCGACCUCCCCGCUGCACCAAGGAUUCCCUGCCCGAGCUGCUUCAGAUUGUGGCAGAUGUUCCCCUGGAGACUGUUGGGAGAGUCAUUCCCUGUGUGCAGUCAUAGGUUUAUUGUGUAUCAUAUGACUGUAUGUGUUUUCAUUCCACAGAGUGGAAGUGACGUAGACAGGAUGUUUGUCUUUCUUGUUCCUGAGGUGGAACUAAUGUUCUUUUCUCUGCUGGAUGAUGCUAGAGAGAGAGGGAGCCAUGUUCCGUGCUCCGUGUCUGUUUAUGUGUAAAUAAACUAGCUUAGCCAGAAUGCCCAGUUGCUGUGGUCUGUUACGCAACUAUGCAAGUAUCUGCAGAUGCUAAGAGUGUGUUGAUGUACUCCCGCAUCAAUCACUGGAAGUCCGGGGGCUGAGGAAGGCUCGGAAGCUGCUGAACGUGCGCCCAGGAAACAGGGAACAUGCCAGUCGGGUGUGUGUCUCUGCCAGGGGUCUCCUUGUCUUCUUGUGAGUAGGACCUUUUCCUGACAGAGACAACUAGUUUUGUUGUUCUGGAGGAUUUUAACAUCCACACCAACAUGACUUUACAAGGGGCUGAGGGCCUUGUGGCUAUUCCCUUUCUGCAAGAAGUGAGGUUACAGGGAACUAGGAAGAGGGCCUUCUUGGUAGCAGCACCCGCCCUGUGGAAUGCCCUCCCACCAGAUGUCAAAGAAAAAAAAACAACUACCAGACUUUUAGAAGACAUCUGAAGGCAGCCCUGUUUAGGGAAGCUUUUAAUAUUUGAUGGACUAUUGUAUUUUAAUAAUUUUUUGGAAGCCACGCAGAGUGGCUGAGGAAACCCAGCCAGAUGGGCGGAGUAUUAU